AUGCUCAGGCAAUUGUAUAGGCAGAGUACGACCUGCUUCACACAAACUACGCGAAGAUAUCUUGCUUCAAGUUAUGACGACAGUUUCAAGCAAAAGUCUGAUCCACAAGCAAAAAACCCAUCCACUAAAAUCCCCCCACAUAAAGAUGGUUUAUACUUUGGACAGUUCACUGAGGAGGAGUACAAAGAAGCGGCCAGGGUAAUCAAGGAGCAAAUAGCCAAAUUGGAAGGGGAAAUCAAGGGCGACCACAAUGUGAGGGAAAACAUUGGCAAACUACCUCAAUUUCCUGAACAAGGUCCAGCUGCUUCUCAAGAUUCAAUCAAAAACUUGACAGAUUUUUUCAAACAAGCUAUUAAGUUAACGGGUCCCAUUACUCUAAGCUCGUACAUGAGACAAUGUUUGACUCAUCCCGAUUUUGGAUAUUAUACAACGCGAGACCCUUUAAAUUUAAAGACAGGGGACUUCAUCACCAGUCCAGAGAUCUCGUCCGUGUUCGGGGAAAUGAUUGGGAUCUGGUAUUUUACAAUAUGGCAGUCUCAGAACCAACCGAAGCAAAUAAGGUUUAUUGAGUUUGGGCCAGGUAAAGGUACUCUAAUCAGUGAUGUGUUGAAGACGUUUAAUCAAUUUGUUCAGAAAGUGAGCGAGAUGAAACCUGAUGUUGAAGUUGUAUUAAUUGAGGCUUCCAGGGUUUUGAGGCUUGAGCAAUACAGGCUUUUAUGCAAUUACGAAAAAGAUACGUUUGAGACAACCAAAGAGGGGUUUAACAGAUCCACUACUAAAUGGGGAACCAUCAUCACUUGGGUUGAUACUGAGAAAGACAUCAAGCAAGACGAGUCGCAAAAGCUAGCCAAUUAUGUCAUUGCCCAUGAGUUUUUCGAUGCAUUGCCGAUAAAGUCAUUUAUAAAGAAAGAAGAAGGUUGGCGUGAGUUGGUUGUUGAAGAUACCCCUACUGUUCUCAAUACACAGUUGAAAUUAGAAAGCGGUGAACACAACCUAUCGGCUCUUAAGGAUCCUACUUUGGACACUGAAUUUCACUUGACUGUGUCCCCAAAAGAAACGCCUGCAUCCAUGAUUCCAAAAUUGAGCAAAAGAUACAAAGAUUUGCCUGUUGAAUCUCGGAUUGAAAUCUGUCCUGAUGCGGAACUUUACACAUUGAAAAUUGCUCAGUUGGUAGACAAUGUUAACUCACUAGGUGCUGCUUUGAUUAUCGAUUAUGGGGUGGUGGAUCAAAUCCCGGAAAAUUCCUUACGAGGUAUCUACAAGCAUAACUUUGUUUCUCCUUUUUACAAGCCUGGAGAGGUUGAUUUGUCUAUUGAUGUGGAUUUCACUAAUUUGAAAAAUCUUGCUGAAAAUGUGGUUGGUAUUGAAGGUCCGAUUAAUCAAGGUGAUUGGCUUCAUAAUAUUGGAAUAGGAUACCGAAUUGACCAACUUUUGAAGCAAAAUAGUAACAACGAAGCGACGCAGGACAAAAUAUAUGGCGCGUACAAAAGAUUAACUGAUGAAGAUCAAAUGGGAAAAAUCUACAAGUUUAUGGCCCUUUUGCCAAAAGGUUCCCAAAAGCCAAUAGGUUUUUAA